CGUUCCUCGUUGUCUGAACCAAAGAUUAACCUCUUUGUCCGAACAAUGAACAUGGACAUAGGAAAGCGUCUAUGCUUCCGAGAGAUGUAAAUUUCACAAAUUAAAAUAGAUAUAUACCACACAUUUUUCUAAGUACUGUUUUGAUGCAGAAGUGAAAAAUGGAUAUGGGUGAACGUAGUAUUAAUAUUAGAGACGAGGUACAUCUUGCCCAUGAAGAUAGUGUUUUUAUGCAGAAGUAAAAAAUGGAUAUGGGUGAACGUAGUAUUAAUAUUAAAGAAGAGGUACAUCUUGCCCAUGAAGAUGUUUUUAUGCAGAAGUAAAAAAUGGAUAUGGGUGAACGUAGUAUUAAUAUUAAAGAAGAGGUACAUCUUGCCCAUGAAGAUAGUGUUUUUAUGCAGAAGUAAAAAAUGGAUAUGGGUGAACAUAGUAUUAAUAUUAAAGAAGAGGUACAUCUUGCCCAUGAAGAUGUUUUUAUGCAGAAGUAAAAAAUGGAUAUGGGUGAACGUAGUAUUAAUAUUAAAGAAGAGGUACAUCUUGCCCAUGAAGAUGUGAAGUCAGAAGAAAAAUUAGGAAUUAUAGACGUUGUUGAACAAUUUAUAGAUGGAACGGAGGUUUAUGAAAGAGAGGAAUAUAUUAUCAAGAAUGAGGAAACUAACUCAAACUGUUCAUUUACCAAAGUCGUAGCAAAUCAGUUAUCAUCUGCUCAUCAUAAGUGCUCAUCGUGUGAACACAUCGCAAGUACUAAAAGUGACCUGCAAAGUCAUGUGAAAUCUGUACACUCCGAUACAAAAAAACACAAGUGUCAAUUAUGUGGGUACUUUACUGAUUGGAAAGAAAAUCUGAAAAAGCAUGUCGAUCAUGUACAUUUAAAUAUCAAGAACCAUAAGUGUCACUUAUGCGAAUAUGCUGCUGCUACAAAAAGAAUUCUUCAAAUACAUAUAGAGGCUGUUCACUUAAAGGUUAAAAACUACAAGUGUGACUUGUGUGAAUAUGCUGCACAUAUGAAAACACAUCUCAGAAUUCAUGUGAAAAAUGUUCAUUUAAAAAUUAAGGAUCACAAGUGUCAUCUAUGUGAAUACGCUACAACUUCUAAAUGGCUACUUCAACAGCAUAUCAACUCUGUUCAUUUCAAUAACAAGGAGCACAAGUGUCACUUAUGUGAAUAUACUGCUAAUAUAAAAUCAUGCCUUGAACUACAUGUUAAAACUUUUCAUUUGAGAAUUAAGGAUCAUAAGUGCCACUUAUGCGAGUACGUUACAAAUAAGAAAUCUUCACUUCAGAGUCAUAUCGAAUCUGUUCAUUUCAAUAUCAGGGAGCACAAGUGUCAUUUAUGCGAAUUUGCUGCGAAUAAAAAAAGCAUCCUUAAUACUCAUGUAAAAUCCGUUCAUUUAAAAAUUAAAGAUCACAACUGUCACAUAUGUGAGUACCGCUCGAGUACAAAAAAAAACCUUGAAAGUCAUAUUAAGUCUGUUCAUUUGAAAAUCAAGGUGCACAAUACUAAAAAGUGUCAUCUGUGCGAUUACGCUACAAGAAGAAAAAGUACUCUUCAAAAUCAUAUCAACUUUGUCCAUUUGAAUAUCAAAAACCACAAAUGUCAUUUAUGCGAAUUUGCUGCGUAUACAAAGCGUAACCUUGAUACUCACGUAAGAGCUGUCCAUUUGAAAAUUGAAAAACACAAGGUGCACAGUACUAAAAAGUGUCAUCUGUGCGAUUAUGCUACGAGAAGUAGAAGUACUCUUCAAAAUCAUAUCAACUUAGUCCAUUUAAAUAUGGGGAAACACAAAUGUGAAUUUUGUGAUUACGCUGUGAAUUCUAAAAAGAACCUAGCAACACAUGUUGAAUCUGUACAUCUGAAGUGAAAUUAAAAUGAUACAGGGUAUCCCAUCACUCACUUAUCUCACUCAUUCUUUGCCCAUUUCUUUUUAAGUUUCACAGUUUCAGGUGAGAAUUUAGUUUUAGUAUUUUUAGUACGAAAUCACAUAACCGUGUGUUGAUAUCUCGAAAGUAAGUACCUACUGGUAACAAUUAUACUGCUUCACAGAAGUUGGGGAAGUUCAAGCAUCAAGCAACCUCAAAUUUUUAAUUUUUUUCAAAAAAUUUUCCGAUAUGAGAAGCCUAUAACUUUUGCUCAUUUAUUCAACUCAUUAUUUGCCCAUUUAUUUAUAAUUUUCACAGUUUCAGGUGUGAAUUUAUCUUCACUACUUUUAGUACAAAAAAGGGAAUACUCC